AUGGAAAAAGGGUACAUUUACACACGUACAAAUACACAUACAGAUGCGCAAACAGGCGACAGUCUUGUAGACUUAGCCGAGUGUCUAGAUUUCCUCUUAGGCAUUGAACCAAGCUGUAUGUCCAACUCAAACUCUGACCGGAAGAAGUCGCACAGUCGCUCUUGUCAGCGCUUUCUCCAGCCUGGCCAGUUCAGACGACUUGGUCAUCCGACUGUACCCCCUGUCCCCCACCCCCGCCCCAUCUUCUGCGACGUACAUUAA